AUGCGUUACUCUAUCAUCCUUGCCCUUGCCACCGCAGCCUCUGCUAUCGAUAUCGAGUGGUUCGGAGAGUCACACUGCAGAAACGGAUACGGCCUUCGAUGUCAAAACAUCAACCCUAAUACGUGUUGCUCCGGGCAACGCAGUGGCGGAUGGGCUGCGGUUCAGUUUGCCAACAUUCCUAACAACUGGGAUGUUGUCUCUGAUGCGUAUGAUACUGAAAACUGCCGUACCCUCGUGAACGAAUUCAGAAGCAACGGCAAUAGUUUUGUGUGUCACGGUGAUAACCGGCACUAUAAAAGUGCGGGUUAUCACUUCUUUAGCAAAAAGAGGAGUACCUAUAUCGACACUCGCGACGCUUCAAGCAAAGAAUGUGUCAAGCCGGAUACUUUGUUUUUGGCUGAUGGAACUACAUACGCUAUCUCUGGACUCACAGACGAUCAGGUUGCAGAAUUCAUUACACUGGCUGAAAAUGCAACUCAUACAGAUCUCCCUGCGGUCUACCAAGCGCUUAGGGUCGAGUAGCUCUAACUACUAUCUACCAGGCUUGUCAACAAUCAAGCCAAUCCGACACCUCCGGAUGAGUGACUAAAGCAAAAGGGUAGGAGUUAAACCUAUGUAGGUAACUGCUAGGCUUAAAUAGAAAGUCAAUCAAAUCAAGCUUCC